CGCCGAGACACUCGCCGCAGCAGGAAGCCUCAUCAGCGAUAGAUCUACUAUUAACAGAAGACGGGAGCUUCUGUCCAGAUGAGAGAGUGGACAGAGUUGGAGAUGAGCUUUUCAGCAGGGGGGUUUCUCUCUGCCUCGGAUGGUUACUGCUCCACCGAGCAGCUCCAGUACUACGACAUGCUGGCUGACCCACUGGGAUUCCCCCUGCAGGACCCUGACCUCCAGCUGCUCCCUUACAGCCAACAACAAUACAGCUCAGCCAACUUGCCCUUCUCCCUCUACAGCUCUCCACCCUCCACUACCUCCUCACCAUCCUCCUCCUCCUCCUCAUCGCAGUUCUGCCAACCCUCGUACCACUACAACUCUCAUUACCUGGAAGCCCCCUGUGAUCCCAGUCCAAACCCCUACUGCGGGGGUCUGGUUCAGGGGCUCGGAGCAGUUGGACUUCCUCUGGGCCGGAGGUCACGGGUGGGCUCAGGAGGGAAGAGCAGAGGUCAGGACGAGCUGUGUGUGGUGUGUGGAGAUAAAGCAUCAGGGUAUCACUACAAUGCUCUCACCUGUGAGGGAUGUAAAGGUUUCUUCAGGCGAAGUGUCACUAAAAACGCCGUGUAUCACUGUAAGAGUGGUGGAGCCUGUGAGAUGGACAUGUACAUGAGGAGGAAGUGCCAGGACUGUCGGCUGAGGAAAUGCAGAGCUGUGGGAAUGCUGGCAGAGUGCCUGUUGACGGAGGUGCAGUGUCAGUCCAAGCGACUGAGGAAAGGAGGUAAAGGCAGAGGACAGGACGAGGAGGAGAACACAGACAGCAGGAAGGUCAGCUCCACCAGCAGACUACCUGUACAGGCUUUGACUGUCAGUUUAACCCAAGAACAGAAGUACAUUGUGGACAGGAUGGUGGAGGCUCAUCGACUGUAUAGAGCACAGAACAACAGCCACAUUAGAAUGUUUGAGUGGCCAGACACAGAGGAAGUAGAUGGACUGUGUGAUGUUGUGCCACCUCACCUGGACAGACUGCUGCUGUUUGCCAGGACAGUGCCAGGUUCAGUUCAGUUAAACCCCCAUUACCUGUUCUUUCACACUGAGAACAGGAAGGGCAGCAUUGUGGCUGACGGUUGA